UGAUCCCUGUUAGCAGGGGUGGCUGCUGUAUUUGGUGGCAGUUUUUAGGCUCACCAUCAUUCUGAAUUUUCAGCUUGGCCUCAGACAGAAGUGCAGCCCUGUCGCUCUGCGUCUCCUAUGCCUGCUGUUUUACCUGGAGAGAAGGGAUGUCGAGCUGUGCUGCUCUGGACUCGGAAGGGCACGAGCUUCCUCCCCUGCAGUUUGCUCUCUAGGACAGAUCUGCGCGCCCGGAGACACCUGUCUGUCUCCACAUUAUGCCAGGGGGCUGCGUAAUUCCUAACCUUCCACCCACCUCAGUGCAGGGCAAGGGGGCCCCAGCACAGUCUCCCGAGGAAGGCUGAGCGCCUGAAAGGGAAGGCUGGCUUUUCCUUAGGAACCUGUGACUUCACUAACUCCUGCCACUGACUGCAGUUUGUUGUUUUUUUUUUCCCUUUUUCUUUUUUUUUUUUUAUUCUUCUUCAAACGCUGGAUUGUUGGUGUCCUUUGGUGGAGCGUUUUCUAGUUCUGAUGUUUAUGAAGGCAGCUUUGGAACUAGCAGGGCUCCUUAAACAUGAGCUCAGCUAUUGAACAAACUGCUACCAUUUUAGCUCCAAUACAGGAAUGAGGCACUGUUGCCAGCCGCCAUUUUAAGAAUCCUGCAUAAAUAGCUUAGCUCCGAUGACUGCCCGUUUUAGCUUGGCUGAGGAGGAAAUAAAAACUGAACAGGAGGUGGAAGAGGGAAUGGACAUUUCCACUCGCUCCAAAGAUCCUGGCUCUACAGAGCGAACAGCUCAGAAACGGAAGUUCCCCAGCCCUCCACAUUCCUCCAAUGGCCAUUCGCCCCAAGACUCCUCCACAAGCCCCAUUAAAAAGAAAAAGAAACCCGGCUUACUGAACAGUAGCAAUAAGGAGCAGUCAGAGCUAAGACAUGGUCCGUUUUACUAUAUGAAGCAGCCACUCACCACAGACCCUGUUGAUGUUGUACCGCAGGACGGACGGAAUGAUUUCUACUGCUGGGUUUGUCACCGGGAAGGACAAGUCCUUUGCUGUGAGCUCUGUCCCCGGGUUUAUCACGCUAAGUGUCUGAGACUGACAUCGGAACCAGAGGGGGACUGGUUUUGUCCUGAAUGUGAGAAGAUUACAGUAGCAGAAUGCAUCGAGACACAGAGCAAAGCCAUGACGAUGCUGACCAUUGAACAGCUGUCCUACCUGCUCAAGUUUGCCAUUCAGAAAAUGAAGCAGCCAGGGACAGACGCUUUCCAGAAGCCCGUUCCCUUGGAGCAGCAUCCCGACUAUGCAGAAUACAUUUUCCACCCCAUGGACCUUUGUACCUUGGAAAAGAACGCGAAGAAGAAGAUGUAUGGCUGCACGGAAGCCUUCCUGGCUGACGCCAAGUGGAUCCUUCACAACUGCAUUAUUUAUAAUGGGGGAAAUCACAAGUUGACGCAAAUAGCAAAAGUCGUCAUCAAGAUCUGUGAGCAUGAGAUGAAUGAAAUUGAAGUAUGUCCAGAGUGCUAUCUUGCUGCUUGCCAAAAACGAGACAACUGGUUCUGUGAACCCUGUAGCAAUCCGCACCCUCUGGUCUGGGCCAAACUGAAGGGGUUCCCAUUCUGGCCAGCGAAAGCUCUGAGGGACAAAGAUGGGCAGGUUGAUGCCCGUUUCUUUGGACAACAUGACAGAGCCUGGGUCCCCAUCAAUAAUUGCUACCUCAUGUCUAAAGAAAUCCCCUUUUCUGUGAAAAAGACUAAAAGUAUCUUCAACAGCGCCAUGCAAGAGAUGGAAGUUUACGUGGAGAAUAUACGGAGGAAGUUUGGGGUUUUUAACUAUUCCCCGUUCAGGACGCCAUACACCCCCAAUAGCCAGUACCAAAUGCUGCUCGAUCCCAGCAACCCCAGCGCCGGCACUGCUAAGACAGAUAAGCAGGAGAAGGUGAAGCUCAAUUUUGACAUGACAGCGUCCCCCAAGAUCCUCCUGAGCAAGCCCCUUCUGAGCGGGGGCGCAGGCCGCAGGAUCUCCCUGUCCGACAUGCCACGCUCCCCCACCAGUACGAACUCUUCCGUGCACACGGGCUCCGACGUGGAGCAGGACCCCGAGAAGAAGGCCCCAUCCAGCCACUUCAGCGCAAGUGAAGAGUCCAUGGACUUCCUUGAUAAGAGCACAGCUUCCCCAGCCUCCACAAAGACGGGGCAAGCAGGGAGUCUGUCUGGCAGCCCGAAGCCUUUCUCUCCGCAAGCACCGACACCCAUCAUGACGAAGACAGACAAGACCUCUACCACCGGGAGCAUCCUGAACCUGAACCUGGAUCGAAGCAAAGCCGAGAUGGACUUGAAGGAGCUCAGCGAGUCGGUCCAGCAGUCGGCCCCCGUCCCUCUCAUCUCUCCCAAGAGGCAGAUUCGAAGCCGGUUCCAGCUCAACCUGGACAAGACCAUAGAGAGUUGCAAAGCACAACUAGGCAUAAAUGAGAUCUCCGAGGACGUUUACACGGCCGUGGAGCACAGCGAUUCAGAGGACUCCGAAAAGUCAGAGAGCAGCGACAGUGAGUACGUCAGCGAUGAGGAACAGAAGCCCAAGAAUGAGCCGGAGGACCCUGAGGAAAAAGAGGGGAGUCGGGUGGACAAAGAGGCCCCUGCCGUUAAAAAAAAGCCCAAACCCGCAAACCCGGUGGAGAUCAAAGAGGAAGCGAAGAGUACCUCGCCAGCCAGUGAGAAGGCCGAGCCUGCACCCGCCAAGGACAAGGCCAGCCCUGAGCCUGAGAAGGACUCAGAGAAGGCAAAGCCUUCGCCUCACCCUACAAAGGACAAGCUGAAGGGGAAAGACGACACGGAUUCCCCCACAGUGCAUUUGGGCUUGGACUCCGACUCCGAGAGUGAACUUGUCAUAGACUUAGGAGAAGAUCCUUCUGGGCGGGAGGGUCGCAAAAACAAGAAGGAGCCCAAGGUACCAUCACCUAAGCAGGAUGGUAAACCGCCACAGUCCACGGCAGCUGGCAACCAGUCUCCCCCAGAGACGCCAGUGCUCACCCGCUCGGCCACCCAAGCCCCCGCGGCUGGCGUCACGGUGGCCGCCACCACCAGCACAAUGUCGACCGUCACAGUCACAGCACCAGCCACCGCCGUCACAGGAAGCCCAGUGAAGAAGCAGAGGCCGCUGUUACCGAAGGAGACUGCCCCGGCCGUGCAGCGGGUCGUGUGGAACUCAUCAAGUAAGUUUCAAACGUCCUCCCAAAGGUGGCAUAUGCAGAAGAUACAACGCCAGCAGCAGCAGCAACAGCAACAGCAGCAGCAGCAACAGCAGAGCCAGCAGCAGCAACCUCACUCUUCCCAGGGGACAAGAUAUCAGACCAGACAGGCUGUGAAAGCUGUCCAGCAGAAGGAGGUCACCCAGAGCCCAUCGACUUCCACCAUCACGCUGGUGACCAGCACUCAGCCGGCAGCUCUGGUCAGCAGUUCCGGCUCUGCAAGCACUCUGGCGUCUGCCAUCAAUGCCGACCUGCCCAUCGCCACCGCCUCAGCCGACGUGGCCGCAGAUAUUGCCAAGUACACCAGCAAAAUGAUGGAUGCCAUAAAAGGGACAAUGACAGAAAUCUACAAUGAUCUCUCCAAAAACACCACCGGAAGCACAAUAGCUGAGAUUCGAAGGCUAAGGAUUGAGAUUGAGAAGCUGCAGUGGCUGCACCAGCAGGAGCUUGCUGAGAUGAAGCACAACCUGGAGCUGACCAUGGCGGAGAUGCGGCAGAGCUUGGAGCAGGAGCGGGACAGACUCAUCGGGGAGGUGAAGAAGCAGCUGGAGCUGGAGAAACAGCAGGCGGUAGAUGAGACCAAGAAGAAGCAGUGGUGUGCCAACUGCAAGAAGGAGGCCAUCUUUUACUGCUGCUGGAACACUAGCUACUGCGACUACCCCUGUCAGCAGGCCCACUGGCCCGAGCACAUGAAGUCCUGUACCCAGUCAGCUACUGCCCCUCAGCAGGAAGCGGAUGCUGAGGCGAGCACGGACACAGGAAAUAAGUCAUCCCAGAGCAACUCCUCCUCCAAUGCACAGUCGGCACCGUCAGAAACGACCAGUGCCUCCAAAGAGAAGGAGACAUCGGCGGAGAAGGGCAAGGACAGCUCGACCCUGGAUCUUUCUGGCUCCAGAGAGACUACGCCCUCCUCCAUUCUCUUGGGUUCCAACCAAGGCUCUGUUAGCAAGAGGUGUGACAAGCAGCCUGCCUAUACCCCAACCACCACAGACCACCAGCCGCACCCCAACUACCCAGCCCAAAAGUACCAUUCCCGGAGCAGCAAGACCGGUUUGUGGAGCAGCAGUGAGGAGAAGCGAGGGUCAGCCCGCUCUGAGCACAGUGCAGGGACCAGCACGAAGAACCUCAUGCCCAAAGAGUCUCGGGAGUCUCGGUUAGACACCUUCUGGGACUAGGGUGCAUUGUGAGCCAGGAUAUAUCUCCCUGUGGGGGGAAACAAACCCAUACAACAGGAAGCAACAGAAACUGGAGAACAGCCACCUUUCAAAUUCCCAACACUCAGGCUCUGCCCGUGGGCUUGGCUGCAGGGCAGCGACUUGACUCCAUCCCAGCAUGGGCCUUGGCUGGGACUGCUGGACCUAGCCCAACACUUUAGGUGUAAGUAGGUACACUUUGUGACGU